AUGAGAUUGGUUUCGAUCCUUCUGUGCCAUAUGCGGCCAAAUUUGGUGACAUCCCUCUGGCCAGCCCCAAUGGUGAGAGUGCAGUGCUUCCAGUCAGGAUACCAUGCUGGUUUUUUCAGUUUUUCCAAUGAAGCAGGCCUCACCGGUGCCCCUGAGUUGGAUAAAAGUCAACAGCUUCUGGGAAAACUCUUGGCCUAUGGCUUCUCAACCAGCGAUGAACCAUUGCGCGCUCACUGCUCCUUGGACAAUGCCAUUGGCAAUGGGGAAGUGCUGUACUUGAAGGGGCAACUUCGGGUUGUGACAACCUUGGCGUUUCUCGCAGUGGUUCACCAGAAGAAUGUCGACAAAGAGGUGCACUCAAGCCUCCAGCAUGUCAUGGCUCUUGGCGUCAAGCUGACUGACCGGACGGAGGAACUGUUUUGUGGCAGCAGUUGCGGCAAAGAUUUCCUUGACGCCUUGUUCUACAACUUGCGUGUGGGCACCAAGGGUCAGAUCCGAACUGCGCCCAGUGCUGUCACAUGGGUGAAUUCUCUGAUGGAACUGGCUAAGACAGGAGACAAAGAUUCUCAGGCAACCAUAGCAGCCUGGAAUGGGCAGGCUGCAAAAGCAGACCGAGUAGUGGGCAACCAAUUCAUGACCGUGAAGAACUUGCUUGAUAUGAAUGCAGAGUGUCGGUCCAUGUUGUUUGCGUACAUCAACUCGCCCUACAACGAAGAUCUUUUGAGCAGCAAGAAAAUCCAGCUUGGGUCGAGUUUCAAGACAGCAAAGAUUGGGAAACAGAGCCCUUGGGCUGGACCUUGGAGUCGGGUCACGAAGGAUGGUCUUGCUUUGUGGAUCCAGUUCUUGGGUUCGAAGUGGGACAAGCUUCCUGCUCACCUUCGCAAGAAACCGACAAAAGCAGAAGGAGAGCAACUGCUUGAGCAAUGUUACUUGUCUAAAUUGUUUGUGAAUUUAGUGCUUCA